AUGGAUCAACCGGAAGUUGAGAUCGCCAACCCCAUUCAACGUGAACCAAGCCCAGAGGCUCCGCCACGCGCCAAAGGUGUUGAGGAAGAGGAACCGGAAUUCGGGGCCCAUGACGUGACAGGUGUCCUCCCCACACCCACCCUGGAGGAUCUCAAGCAGGCUAUAGCCUUCAUCGCAGGUCUCGAAAACGCGUUGCUCGAGGCAUCCGGACUCGACCCUAAGGCCAUCGAACGGAUGCGCAAUCCAGAACGCGACCUCCCCGAUCUUACGGUGCCCGAAAACCGCGCGCUGCGCCUUGCGCUGAAACAGUUCAUCGCCACGGGCCACUCUGAAAAAAUUUAUCGGGACUGUCGGGCGAACAUAAUGGAGUACAAUGAAGGUCUCACCUUGCCGAGCUACGAGGCGAUGCAAAAACUGGUUCAAGAGUUGAGCGGUGUCGUUCCGAUCGUUACUGACAUGUGUCCGGACACCUGUGUAGCGUAUACGGGCCCCUUUGCAGACCUGGAUCGUUGCCCGGCCAAGGACUGCGGUAUCCCUCGGUACGAGACACGUGAAGGCAAACGUGUCGCGUGUCGGACGUUCCAGACGCAUCCGUUAGGGCCGCAGGUACAGGCGCUC